UAAGUGGUUCCCUUCUUUCCCUUUCACUCGCUGCUCUCCUCCUUUGCUGCCUCACAUCACUCUUCUUCUUGGCUUGCUUUCUUUCAUUCUUUCUUCUCAUACAAUUUCUAAUUCGUUUGUCGAAAUCUCUUUCACUCUCAUCGUCUUCCAAUCAGGAAACAUAAGAACCAAGAAUGGCUCUCAGACUGAAUCCUCUGCCAACCCAAACCUUCGCCCUUCCUCAGAUGGCUAGUCUCAGAUCUCCCAAGUUCCGCAUGGCUUCCACCCUCCGCUCUGGUUCCAAGUGUUUGUGUAGAUCGCUAAACAUUGUGAGCCGUGCACAUGCUAGGAAUGAAUACUAAUUGGGUAUGCUCAGAGAGGUUGAAAAUAUUAAGAAGCCUUUCACGCCUCCGAGAGAAGUGCAUGUUCAAGUGACCCAUUCUAUGCCUCCCCAGAAGAUUGAGAUUUUCAAAUCGUUGGAGGAUUGGGCUGAGCAGAACGUCUUGACUCUCCUUAAACCUGUAGAAAAAUGUUGGCAACCACAGGAUUUUUUACCAGAUCCUUCUGCAGAUGGAUUUGACGAGCAGGUGAGAGAACUGAGAGAGAGAGCAAAGGAGCUUCCUGAUGAUUACUUUGUUGUUCUGGUUGGAGACAUGAUCACGGAGGAAGCCCUUCCUACUUAUCAAACAAUGUUAAAUACAUUGGAUGGAGUUCGUGAUGAAACAGGCGCUAGCCUUACUUCCUGGGCAGUUUGGACUAGGGCAUGGACUGCUGAAGAAAAUAGACACGGUGAUCUUCUUAAUAAGUAUCUUUACUUAUGUGGACGAGUUGACAUGAGACAAAUUGAGAAGACAAUUCAGUACUUGAUUGGAUCUGGAAUGGAUCCUCGGACUGAGAACAGUCCCUACCUUGGUUUCAUUUACACUUCAUUUCAAGAGAGGGCAACCUUCAUAUCCCACGGAAACACAGCCAGGCUUGCUAAGGAGCAUGGUGAUAUAAAGUUGGCCCAGAUCUGCGGCAUGAUUGCCUCGGAUGAGAAACGCCAUGAGACUGCAUACACAAAGAUAGUGGAAAAGCUGUUUGAGGUUGACCCUGAUGGAACUGUUAUGGCGUUUGCAGACAUGAUGAGGAAGAAAAUUGCCAUGCCAGCACAUCUUAUGUAUGAUGGCCUUGACGACAACCUGUUUGAUAACUACUCUGCUGUAGCCCAACGCAUUGGGGUCUAUACUGCCAAGGACUAUGCUGAUAUACUUGAAUUUCUGGUGGGGAGGUGGAAGGUGGAGGAUCUAACAGGACUAUCAAGCGAGGGAAGGAAGGCUCAGGAUUACGUUUGUGGGCUGCCACCAAGAAUCAGAAGGUUGGAGGAGAGAGCUCAAGCAAGAGUCAAGGAGUCAUCAAAAAUUCGGUUCAGUUGGAUUCAUGACAGGGAAGUACUACUCUAAAUGCACCAAGGAAGCAUCGUGAAUGUUCCUGGAAAACCAUUCUGAGAAAUGUUGAAUAGUUGAAGAUUCAGUAUGUCAUUUUUUUUUUCUCUUUUUGCCUUUUUUUUGGUCUGUUAUAUGUCACUGUAAGGUGAAACAGUUGUUCUUGCAUGGUUCGCAAGUCACGCAAUUAGGGGCAACUGUAGUAUUAGAAAUGCUAUUUUUUGUUUCCCUUUUCUUUGUGGUAGUGAUGUCUGUUGAAGCAUAAGCAAAACGUUUUUCUAUGGCAAUUUUGAUGAUAAAGAAAUUUAGUUCUUCCGUGGUUGGAUAUA